GCCGCUUGGCGACUGGGAGCGCUCGGUGGCGGCGCCAGCGGCAGUAGCGUGAAGCACGGAGCGGACGGAGUGUCGCGGAUGAGAAAGGCCAGUCGGCGGCUGGCGGAGCGCGAGGACAGCAGCCGCAGCAGCGCUGACACACUCAGCUGGGCGCCGCACGCGUGUUCUUGUGUCCCGUCGGACGACGACGACAGCGAUGCGGCAGCGAUAAGCCCCGAGACACGGCCACCACCCGACACGGCGACAUGUCCCGCCGCAAGCAGAGCAACCCCAAGCCCCUCAAGAGAGACGAAUUCUGGAACGAGGGCGACGGCAGCGAGAACGGUGGCGGCGAGCGAAGUCCCGCGGCGCCGGCGAGCGAGGCCCUGGGCGCCGACACGAAGCCGUCGCCGCCGCCGGCGGACGAGGACGAGCCCAAGCUGAAGGUGAACGCCAGCCUGGCCACCGACCCUGCCCUCAGGGAGUCGCCAGCCGCCCCCGCCGCCGCCGCAGACACGUCUUCCCCUGUCGACGCUCUCAGGUUCAAACCUGAUGCCGGCCUUCCCCUCUUCCCCUCAGGGUCGUCGGCGGGCAUCUUCUGUCUUCCAGCAGUGCCAGAGGCGAGCGUCCCGAGGGCUGUGAAACAAGAGAAUCUCGAGGCGGUGGUGGUUGCGGUGCCGCCGCCGCCACCGCCCGUGCCGGCGCCGCGGCAGGGCAAGCGUCCGUUCGGCGCCGGCGGCGUGGAGCCGCUGGGUGGGCCCGCGGGCGGCGCCGCCGCCGUCGCCGCGAUCAGCUGCUUCACGUGCCUGCCGUGCAACAUCAAGUUCAGCUCGCGCAGCACCCUCGAAGCCCACCAAACCUACUACUGCUCGCACAGGGCCUCCGCCGCCCCGCCCAGGCCCUCUUCGCCCGCCACCCCACUCACAGGGAAGGAGGGCAGCAGCGACACGGAGCCGGGGAGUCCGGGCGGGGGCGAGGGGGCGGAGGAGUCGGCGCCGCCGGCGGCGAAGGUGGCGCGUCGUCAGUACGCGUGUCCGCACUGCUCGUACAGCGCCGACAAGAAGGUGAGCCUGAAUCGGCACAUGCGCAUGCACGCGGCCGCCCCCGUGUCGCCCGCCGCCCCCGCCACCCCCGCCUCCUCCGACCAGGAGCAGCCCCCGGACGCGGAGGCGCUGGCGGCGGCGGCCGCGGGGGCGGCGCUGCCCCCGCCGGCGCUCGACCGCUACUGCGCCAACUGCGACAUCCGCUUCUCCAACGUGCGCACCUACAAGGCCCACAAGGCCCACUACUGCGACACCAGGCACGUCGUCAAGCCCAACGCGCCCUCCUCGCCGGCCAACGCCAGCCAGGCGUCGUCCGGCGCCGAUCUGUCGAGAGUAGGUUCUGCGGCGUCUCCCGAGGCGUCGCCGGCGCCGCCUCAGGCGUACCUGGCGCUGCCGACGACGCCAGUGCUGCUGGUGCCGUACCAUUUGGUGCAGGCGGCCAGUCUGGUGACGGCGCCGCCGCUGCCAGCCGGCGCCGCACACCCCAGCAGCGCCUGCCUCGUGCUGCUCAACGGCGCCGUCCAGCCCCUCGAGCUGCCCCCCGAACGGCCGCCCACGCCGCCUCCGCCGCCCCCCAGACGACCCGAAAAACACCACAGGCCUUCGCAGGCGUCGUCGGAGGUGUGCGUGAACGGCGGCACCUUCCCUUUGGACCUGAGUUUGCCACGGUCAGGCUCAGGGUGCGGCUCCGACCCUGAGGACGAGAAGGAGAACCGCGGGCUGAACACAUCGUCGCCGUCGCAGGGCUCAUCGCGUGCGUCGUCGCCGGCGUCGGCGUCACCCCGGCCGCACCACAGGCUCAACGGCGCCGCCGCCCCCGCCAAGAAGCAGCCGGAGCCGCCGCCCACGCCACCGGAGGCCCUCCGCAAGACGCCGACCACCCUCCUCCCGCCACACCUCAAACUACCAAAGCAGCUGUUGGUUCCGGAGCUGCUGGGUCCGCUGCUGGGAUCGCAGUUGGCGCUGCUGCAGCGGCCGCUGCUGGGCGCGGAGGCGUUCCAGGCGGCGGUGGGGGCGGCGGGGGUGGCGAGCCCUGGGGCGGCGGGGCCGCAGAUCCUGGUGAAGCAGGGCACGGCCAAGUGCGAGAGCUGCAACAUCGUCUUCUGCAAGCUGGAGAACUUCGAGGUGCACAAGCAGUACUACUGCCAGGGCCGCAGCCGCCCCGACGCCGCCUCCGCCGCCGCCUCCGACGCGGCCCCGGCCGCCACGCCGUCGCCGCCGGCCGCCGUGCAGCCGCAGCAGCCGCAGCAGCAGCCGCAAACGCAGGCCAAGCUGCUGCAGCAGUUCAUCUGCGGCAACUGCGGCAUCAAGUUCACCUCGCUGAACAACCUCAAGGCCCACCAGACCUACUACUGCCGCGACAGCCACCUCCAGCCGGCCAACAACUGCACCAACAAUAACGACCCUCCGCCGCAGGACAAGAAAAAGUGCCCCAAGUGCAAGGUGAGCGUCGGCUGCGAGGAGGCGCACGAGUGCGUGGUGGGGGCGGCGGGGGCGGUUACCUCGGUGCUGUCGUCGAGCGGGUGGCGGUGUCCGUGCUGCAGGUCGCACCUUCCGACGGCGACCGCCGCGCAGAAGCACCUGGAGGAGCAGCACGCGGGGCUGCUGCGCGGCUUCCGCUGCACCAUCUGCAGCUACCGGGGCAACACCCUGCGCGGCAUGCGCACCCACAUCAGGGCGCACCUGGUGCAGCCGCCGCCGGUCGCCGCCGCGCACGCGCAGGACAAGCAAGGUGACGUCAAGGAGGAGGACUUCAUCGCGUGCGUGCUGCACGACGAGCUCGACGCCGCGGCCGCCGCCGCCACCAGCCAGGCGGCCGCGGACGAGCGGCCACCGGCGGCCACGCCCCCCGCCGAGUGCAGCGAAUGCGACUCGCACGCCACGCCUAGUCCGCGGCCGCCGGCCGAAGCAGCCGCCACAAGUGGAGUGGAGGGCAGUCUUGUUUUGAGUGUAAGUCCAGGUUCAUGUGGUAGCCCGAUCUGGGCCGAGACACAGGCGAGAAUGGGCGGUUUGAAGAUUAGCGUCAGGAUGGCGGACAGAAAAGAGUUCAAAGUCGGCGACCGGGUGUUCGCCAAGGUUCGCGGCUACCCCUCGUGGCCGGCCAGGGUGAAGAGCAUCAUCACCGACGCGGCGGCCAACGGCAAAAACACCAAGAUCGAAGUCUUCUUCUUCGGCACCUACGAAACAGCUGUGUGCCGUCCUGAGGAGGUCUGCGACUACGAGAGCAACAAGGAGAAGCUUGGCAAAAUGCAGAAGCGAAAGUUCUUCAAAGAGGCGCUGCACGAGAUCGAGAAUGAGCCCAACACCGAGGGCCCCCAACGCAUCUUCGAGCCUCCAACCGACUUCCAGAAAGACGAAGACGCCAUGUCGGAGGUGAGCGUGUCGUCGUCCAAGCCGUCGCGGCGGCAGUCGGUGGCGAAGAAGCGCGAGUCCGUGGAGGCGGCGGAGGAGGAGCCGCGGAAGAAGGCGAAGCGGGCCGACGACAGUCCCUCAGAGGGCGCCGAGCCGGAGCGCGUGAGCCGCAGCGGCCGCAAAAUCAAGCCGAAACGCUUCCUGGACGAGGAGGAGCACGAAGAGGAGCGCAGGACGAGCGGCGCCGAGGACACGCCAAGGGCCAGGAGCAGGCCGGCGGCCGCCGACGAGGCCAGCAGGAAGGUGGCCGCCGUCGCCCCGAUCGACCCCAAGCCCCGCGCCCACCCGGCCCCUCCGACCCCCACUUCCGCCCCCGCCGGCGCCACGCUGGAGACUAGGAGGAAUGAAAAGCAGCCGCACUCGGUAUGUGGCAUCAAAAUAACGGUGUCGAAGGGUGGAAAAGUAAAGGGUGGCGACGAGUUUGCGCCGCCAACGGCGACGGUGAGUCCGAUGGUGUCUGGGAAAAAGCAGCAGACGCCGCUGCAGCAGGCAGAGGCGAGGAAGAUGAAGGUGACGUUCACGCAGCAGCAGGCGCAGCAGGUGCUGGACAGCGACAAGACGCCGGACAAGGUGAAGGAGCAGCUGAGCAAGGAGAUGGCCCUGAAGGCCAAGGAGCGCGAGGAGAGCGCGCGCUGCAAGAAGGCCGAGAAGCGGCGCACGCGGCUGCUCUUCCUGCGGAUCGAGGUGCGCCUCCUGCAGAUCGACACCAUCAUCAAGGCCAACCUGAGCCUCGACAAGGCCGAGACCAAGCCCGUGCUGCAGGUGCUCGACGAGCUCAAGAACCUCAAACUCAACCCGAUCAUGCUCAAGAAGCACCCGGACAUCGUCUUCACUAUCAAGAAGCUGCGCAGGUACGUCGGAAACACCAAGCAGUGGAACCACACCGACGCCGAGAAGGAGGAGUUUUCCAAGAAGGCUGGUGAAAUCAGGCAGAAGGCGGGCCAAAUUUUCGAGUACUUCAGGUUUGUGCUGCUCGGCUCGAAAGACGCGACGGACGUGAGUGCAAAGUUUCUCAAGCAGAUCAGCGAGCUGCGGGAAAAGACCAAAAACCUGACGCCCGUCCGCCUGGCCGCCCUCGCCAAGGACCCAACCGUCGCUACGAAUUCUGAGCAGAGCGACGACACGGACAAGGACCAGAAGGAGGAGCGCAAGGAAAUUGGUGGUGACGGGAAGAGCGGCGAGAAAGAAGCAAGCUGCUCGGCUUAAUAGAUUGGAGGAACCGCGUCGUCUUCUGCGUGUGUACAUUGAUUAGAGCUGUAAUUCUAUUUGAAUAAAGAUGUUCGCUGUGCGUUACGAGGCUA